AUGAACCACAAAAGCCGGUAUAGCGCCAGUAACCAAUACCGUGGUUUAGAAGAGGCCCUAACUACUAUACUCGAAGAUAGUGAUGAUGGUUUGGAGUACGACUUGGCCAUAAUUCCACCAGAACCAAGUCGAGUAUAUGCCACGGCUCUUAUCAAGACGAUAGUGGUGUGGGUGCUUCGGUACGCAAAGCUGGAACCUGCCGGUACCCUCGACAAUAUAAAGCUGAACAUCGCCAUCUCUGUAUCCUGUGCCAACGGAUACAACAUAAGAGCUAGGUCCAGAAACGUGAAGAAGUCGGUUAAAAAGGCCGGAGCUCAGCUUAAUGAUGUGUUUGAGUACGCAGGCUGGAGAGAGAGACGAUCUCCAGCCACCGUAAGCGCGGGUCUGCGGGCGGCGAGUAAGGGUUGCUCGCCGCCCGACCAUAUCCGGACCCAAGCGGACGGCGCGUAG